AUGUCUCAAGUGUUCGGUCCCGUCCCUCCUCCCCCAAAUACAGACAUAUCUACUCAUGGUGUUAGGGCUGUUUACAUCCACUGCUUGGGCGAUCGAAAAAUCCUUGGCUUGCCUAAAUAUACCGAAGUUACGAUCUCUGACACCCAUGUUAUUUUUACCAGAGAGAAGCCUAUAGAUAUCUCUGUUCACAUGGGAAUUCCACUUCUCACCAGGAAAACCGGCUACAUUGAUCCACGCUGGGCAGAUAAGAGAUCCGGCGUUGAUUAUGCGUCCCCAAAAAACUCCAUGUCGAACAUCAAAGCAUUAUACCUAAAUUUGCGAGCCGAUGUUGAGAAUGAGGAAUUCUGGGGCUGGGCUGAUAUGAAGAAAUGGGAUAAACUCGUUGAAUGA